AUGGAGAAGAACCUUGUUGAAAAUUCCGGCAGUUUCGCUCGCAGAGACGAGCACAACAACAGCAGCAACAACGCCGGCGACACGCCGCGUUCUCCAAUGCCGGACAUUGCAGAAGUAGAAGUGGAUCCCAAACCUGACGACGUCGGCGAAACCGCUGAAGCGGAAGAAGCACCGCCACAAGAACCAGAAGCGCAACCGGAAGAGGGAGAUGAUGAGAAGAACGAAGAGAAGAAAGAAGAGGAGGUGGUGGAGGAGGAGGAGUCUCCUCCCCCGAGCCUCGAGAUGGUUUCAGAUGAGAUCGAUCAAUGGCUCCUGAAUCUGCAGCAAAAUAAUAAUGAUGAUGAUGAUAAUUAUAAUAAAGAAGGGUCAGGGUCAUUUGAGAUCCCUAGUUUCGUGGAGAAGUUCUUAUAUCUGGUGGAGGAGAAAAUAGUGAAGUACGACACAGGCGAAGGUAAACCCAAAUGGGGUGAGGUUGCUGAGGAAGAUUCCUGGUUGCUUGAAACUGUGGAUCGGAUAUCCAAGUUGACGAAAUCGGUGAAUCUGACUCCUCCUCAUCAUCAAUCAGAAGAAGAAAAACAAGCAGAAGAAGAGGAGGAGAUCAUUGCACGAAAACACUCGCUGGUGAACCGCAUUGGUUCGAUCCAACAGCGUGCGAUGUCGUAUUUGGAGGAAGACUUCCGGUUGUUAAUGGACGAAUCUAGAAAUCCAAUAACAGAAUUGGAUCCCGGAGGGAAUAAAGAUCCGGAUCCGGAUCAUCAUCAACCUGCUGAAUCCGAAACGAACUUCCCGGGUUACCCGGAUGAGGCCAUUGCCACCCUGACCAAGAUCGCUACAGAGAUGAUCUCCAGCGGCUACGAAUCGGAGUGCUGCCAGGUGUACAUCGUCUCAAGGAGAAACGCGUUUGAAGAGAUCCAGCAGAAGCUAGGGUUGGAGAAAAUCAGCAUCGACGAGAUGGUUCAGAAGGUGCAAUGGGAGACUCUCGCAAGGGACAUGAUCCCCGCCUGGAUCAACACCUUCAAGCAGUGUGCUGCCGUGUACUUCCCCGGAGAAAGGAAACUGGCAGAGGCGGUUUUCGCUGAGAAUCCAUCGGUUUCGGCAGGGCUCUUCAGCAGCCUCACCCGCGGCGUGGUGAUUCAACUCCUCAACUUCGCGGAGGGCGCAGCCAUGACAAAGCGCGCCGGCGAGAAGCUCUUCAAGAUCCUUGACAUGUACGAGACCCUCCGGGACUUGAUCCCGGAAUUAGACGGACUGUUUCCAGAGGAAUCCGUCGAGGAGCUGAAGACAGAGAUGUUGCUCGCCAAAUCUAGGCUUGGCGAGCUGGCCAUCUCCAUCUUCUGUGACCUCGAGAACUCAAUUAAAUCGGAAACCGGAAGAACUCCGGUCCCCGGUGGUGCCGUCCACCCCCUCACCCGCUACAUAAUGAACUACCUCAACAUAGCAGGCGAUUACAAGGAGACACUUGAACAGGUUUUUAAGGAAUACUCAAAGAUCGAGCGCGCCGAUUCCACCAGCAGGCCCCACCACGAAAAUGAAGCCGGAGGAGGAAGCAGCGGCGCCGCCAAUGUUUCGUCGCCAUUCGCGGCGCAGGUUAUGAGGGUGAUGGAGUUGCUAGACUCAAGCCUUGAAGGUAAGGCGAAGCUGUACAGGGACGUUGCACUGAGCAACUUCUUCAUGAUGAACAAUGGUAGGUACAUUCUGCAGAAGAUCAAGGCUUCCUCGGAGAUGAGCAAGGUGAUGGGUGACACGUGGUGCCGGAAGAGAUCAUCGGAGCUGAGAACAUACCACAAGAACUACCAGAGGGAGACAUGGAACAGGGUUUUGACAUGCCUGACCCAUGAAGGGUUGAGCGUGCAUGGGAAGGUGCAGAAGCCAGUGCUGAAGGAGAGGUUCAAGAGCUUCAAUGCUCUGUUUGAUGAGAUUCACAGGACACAGAGCCAGUGGGUUGUGAAGGACGAGCAGCUUCAGUCGGAGCUGAGGGUUUCGAUAUCGGCGGUGGUGAUUCCGGCAUACAGGUCAUUCCUUGGGAGGUUUGCACAAAUAUUGGACCCUGGGAGACAAACUGAGAAGUAUAUAAAGUAUCAACCUGAAGAUAUAGAGACUUACGUUGAUGAGUUGUUUGAUGGAAAGCCUCACCAAUCCAUAACUAAAAGGAAAACAUAA